AUGCCCUACAACGAGUACGGAGAAGAAAUCCGGCGUCUCUACGUGCCGUCUGGAGACCGUUGCUCUUCUUCCGUCCCGCUAUCCGAGCUAGUCUUCUACAACGCCGACAAAAAGAUCUCCCAACUACGCAUGAAAGUCAUGUCCAAGCCAGACCCGGUCCCGGACGAGACAAGCCUAGUAGUCUUCAUCGACGGUGCUUGUCGCAAUAACGGUCAACCAACAGCGAGAGCUUCGUGGGGCGUCUACUUCGGUCCCGCCUCUCCCUACAACACAUACGGUCUACUUUACGACUUUCUGCCUCAAACGAGCACACGUGCGGAGAUCGAGGCUUUCCACCGAGCGCUUACCAUCAUCCGCAAGAUUACGGACGCAGACCUUAGGCUAUCCAGGAUCAAGAUCGCAACCGACUCAAGCUUCUUGGUUAAUGCGAUGAGUCAGUGGAUGGAACGCUGGAUCGAGAAUGAUGGGGUGGGUUCCAAUGGCACACCAGUCGCGCAUUUCAAAGUACUGAAAGAUCUGCACGAUACACUGGACCACAUGGAGUAUAGUGACGAGGCGGGCGGUAGAGAGGUGCAGUUCUGGCAUGUACCAAGGGAGAUGAACCGAGAGGCAGAUGCAUUAGCGAACAAGGCUCUCGAUGAAGCUUAA